GCGAACUUAGUGCAUUAGUAGAAUAUCCACCUGUUGUCUUCUGUUAACUUACGAAAAAUAAUGAAAACGGUAACAAUGGCUUAAUUAAAUAUCAUAUAUUCAGCUUAUCAGAAUAUCUCUCUUCUGUUUUCUUUAAUUGGCUAUUCAGACGAGGAAGGUUAUUGGUAAUAGCUAAAUUGUAUGUGCGGUUUUAUACAGUAAGUUCAGCCGUGUUUUAUGAAAGUGUUUGAAAAUAUUGGAUCAGAUAACAUGCAGAUUUUAUUGACUUUGUCAGUCUUUAUUAUUCUUGGACAUGCGGCUAAGCAACCUCAGGAACGAGCAAGACGAGGCUCCAUAUCGAGCUCAUAUUCUUUAACAGAUGCUACUUUGAAUUUACCUACAGCAGGGUCAUCUUUAUAUUCUUUAGGCAUUGAUUCAUUUUUACCAUUUCCUGAAGGUCAACUACCUGUAUCAAAAUUAAAUAUAGCACCUGUGGCUUUAUCGAAUUCUAUUGAAAAGCCUGUACAAGAAGCUUCCGAUCCCAUGCCACAACAACCUACAGGAACUGCUGUUAUUCCUUUCUUACCUCCUCCAGCUGUACCAGUCAAUGCAGCGGCUGCUAAUGUACCUUCUAAUAAUGGAGCAGUAUUUUUAGGAUCUGGAGCUUUGGGAGUUGUACAUUUAGGAAACGGCGCUUUUGCACUUGGUUCAGGCGGAAUAGGCUACUCAGACCAACGACAGCAACCAAGGCCCAAUGGAAGAUCACCCUUGUAUCCUCCUCUAGCUGCAAGUCCUAAUCUUGUACCAGCAGCUACUCCUAGUCAACAGCCAGCACCAAUUCCUAGAGCAGAUUUAUCUGGACAGCUAAGUCCCAAUGGAUAUGGUUUUCAACAACCUUUGUUUUCACCUAGCAUUUCGCAACCACAAGUUGCUUGGGAUCAAAAUGGAUAUGAACGGUUAGCACAAUCAGGAUUCGGUUCACCAUCCAACAGAAUUCGACCAUUGAAAACAAGGAUGAACUACGCGACUGCCACUCAGAAUGAAUUAAGAGUAGAAGCUGGCCAUAUUAGUCAGUUACCACAACCAGGGUUUGGAACUCCUAUUCCUAGGUUACCUGCCCAAAGUGUGACUUAUUUAUAAAUACUGAUCAUAUAAACAAUAACAUUUUUAUAUAUAUUAUUAUAUUUUCUAAAGUAAACCCUAAGUAAAAUAUUUAUAUUUUGUAUUUAAAAUACUUACAUAAAAUCAGUUCUAACUUACAUAUUUUUUAUAAUCUUUUAUGUUUAUAUCAAAAACCAAAACCGAAUAAUAUAUUUUAUCUUACACUAAUGACAGGUUAAAUAUUUUAAUUUUAUCUGGUUAAUUUAAACUUCUUUAGCUCAAUUUUAAUUCACAUUAUGUUAUUCUGAGUUUUGUAAUAAAUUAAUACGUGAUAAAAUCGGCUAAUUAUUUUUUUAAUAUUAAUUGUUCAUAAAGUGGGCGAUUUAAAAUUCUUAUACAACAAAUCUUAAUUUAGUUGAAUUAUUAUAAAUGAAUGUUUCUUAUUUUAUGCUAAAUUUUGAAACCUGAUGAGGGCUGUAUUAUUACUGAUGUUUCACAUGUGUAAAAUAGUUCCAAGUCAUAAAAGUAAGUUAGUCCAGUUUGUGAAUUUUAUAAAAAAAAUAUUCUUUUUAUUUUUUUUUUACUUUGUAUAGAGAUCAAUAACUACUUAAAAUAAUUCCUAAUUCGAUGAAAUUUUGAAUUUAGAUUAUGCUUAGCUGUGCUUGCCUUUGAUACCCUUUUAAGCUUAGUUUAGGUUAUAUGAAAUAGUAAAUGUAAAUAUUAUGUAAUUAUUAUAUUAUAAAUAACUGUAAUAUUAUUACCAAUGGCCGAAGGUGAACUAAUUCUUUUCUAAUCAUUUUUAAAUUUAGAAUAUUUGCUAUAUUGUUCAAUGCAGGCAAAGCGUUUUCGCCCUUUACAUCAUCUUCAGUACUAAUUAAAAGUAACAUGGAAAUGAAUAACUUUGUCAAGGGACUACAGGAAAAUAUAUUUCUUUGAGUUAGAGCCAUAACAAAGUUGCUACACUCUAUACAAUAUUUUCAAUACUUUUAAAAACAUAAAAUUAAUGGGUUGAAGACGUGUUCUCCAAAAGCAGACGAUGAUGGCCUGUUAGAAUGUUCCUUAAUGCGAGUUUUUAAAGCUUUAUAUGUGCGGCCAAUAUAGAUGCAAUCACUUGAACUACAAGACUAAUAAAUGUUUCGCUCUUA